AUGACCGAAGCCAAACCACACACCCCGGAGCGUGUCCGUGUUGCCAUAUGUGGAGGUGGCAUUGGCGGUCUCACCAUGGCUGCUGUCCUUCGCCGGCUCGAUAUAUCAUACGUCGUACUGGAGCGAUAUGCACAGAUUACUCCCCAAGGAGCUGGAAUAUCACUUGCCCCCAACUGUUUGCGGGCUUUAGAUCAGCUCGGCAUCUUUGAGAAGCUGGCUAAGCAUUCACAGGCGAUGCGUGAAGUCCACAUUUAUAAGAACGAUGAGUUCUGGGGUUCCCAGAAAUUUGGAAUGACCAAUGAGGCAUUUGGAUAUUAUGUCCAUAAAAUUGAGAGACACCAGUUUCACCACCUGUUGCUGGAGGCAGCAGGAGGUAAUGAUGUCGUUCGAUUGGGCUUCAACGUGAAUGAUAUUGUCGAUGAGGAAGACGCUCCUUAUGCUAUUGUCAGAGCUGAGGAUGGCCGAGAAGUUCACACCGACAUCAUUGUUGGUGCUGACGGGAUUCGCAGCUAUACUCGUCGAGUACUGGCCGAGAAGAGCGGGAUGAAGGCAACAAACAACAUCCGCUUCACUGGCAGAGUCCAUAUGUCCGGCUACACAAAGCCCUUGACACACUUAACUACCAAGGAUGAGGGUGUUGGCCACUGGAUGUUGUAUGACGACGCCAUUCUUACUACCUGGCCAUGCAAGGAUAACAGACAGUGGUUUAUCGGUGUUGCGGCAGCGAAGCUGAAGCCAGGCGAGCAGCCUGAUCGAUCCGUGUGGAAGGGAGCCACAAAGGACACAAUCAACGAGGUCUACGGUGAACGGUUCCAUCCAUUUGGUGAGGAAUCUAAAAUGAAGUCGAUCAUCGAUGCUUCUGAGCGUGUUAUUGCCAGCAACGUGUUCAUGGAGCUUGACGUCCCACACAUGGUGAAGGGGAGAAUCGUGCUUGUUGGAGAUGCCAUCGAGGACGCCGUUGAGCUCGGUAACGCUCUGUACGAGCAUUUUCGUCUCAAUGACCCCACUGCCUUCGACAGAUAUUCCGAGGUCCGCCAAAAGAGAGCAAGCGACCUUGUCCAGUUCUCGGAUAACUUUGCAAAGGUUCAUACAGCCCGACUUCCGUAUGGGCUUGGACCCUUGGUGAGAAAGAUUCUUUAUAAAUAUGUUCCCACCAGUAUAUGGGUAUGGUAUUUCACUUGGCUUUUCAACUACCAGCCAGUUAUCAAGUACCCGCUGUUGGAUCUUCCUGCUGGUCAGGCAACUUCCGCCCAAUAA